CUCGCUCCAAACCGAACGCGCAUGCGCGCCGAUGCGCUCCUCAGCCUUUGAAACUCGGACGGAGCUCAAUUAAGAGACCAUGUCCGCCAUCGGCCGCUCGCGCUCUCCGCUCUCCGCACUGCACAGCAGCUCUCCAUGAGAUAGCAGUCUCCCCUGGGGCCGCGAGGAUGGCCGCUUCGGGCGCUGUUCAGGUGAAGCUGGAACUCGGCCACCGCGCCCAGGUGCGCAGGAAGCCCACGGCGGAGGGAUUCACCCACGACUGGAUGGUGUUUGUCCGCGGACCCGAACACAGCAACAUCCAGCACUUCGUAGAGAAAGUGGUGUUUCACCUGCACGAAAGUUUCCCGAGGCCAAAAAGAGUGUGUAAGGAUCCACCGUAUAAAGUUGAGGAGUCUGGAUAUGCUGGCUUUAUCCUGCCUAUUGAAGUUUAUUUCAGAAAUAAGGAAGAACCUAAAAAAGUGCGCUUCGACUACGAUUUGUUCCUGCAUUUAGAGGGACAUCCACCUGUCAACCACCUUCGCUGCGAAAAGCUCACCUUCAACAACCCAACGGAGGAGUUCCGCAGGAAGCUGCUAAAGGCUGGCGGGCAACGAGAUCCUCACAAACGGAGUUCAGAGGAAUCUAAAGUGAUGGUCAUGCAGGAGGGCUCCACGUCUCUGUUCGGCCAGCACAUGAAGCUGCCCACGCUACCCAGCAGCUCGCUGACAUUGACCUUCUCUGACGGCAAAAAGAACAAGUCCUUCCCAGGUUCAAAGGACGGCUCCAAAAGCAGCAGUGCCCUCACCAUCACCACCACCACAAACAGCAUCAGUAGCAGCUCUCUCAAGCUCCACAAACCGUCCAAGGAGCACAAAGACAAGCCUUCCAAAGACUCGAAAGAGUCUAAAAGUGCCUUCAGAGACUUCAGCAGGGACUUGGGCUCCAAGGUCUCCAAAGACUCCUCAAAGAAACCCAAAGAGAACCAGCCACUGCGGGAUGAGCAGCCCAUCCCCAAGAUGGGUUUCAAAGAGCCCAAGGCCAUGUCUAAGGAACACAGAGCUACGGAGGUUAGCUUCUCAAACUUGGGCCAAAAUAAACGCAGGCCUGCGCUGGACGACGAGGGCCAAGUGACCAAAAAACGGAAAGGUAGUUUUUCAGAGCCAUCGCAGAAGCUGCAGGCCUCCUCCAGCUUGCUCCAGCAGUCAGAUAAAAAGGUUUUAAAGGACAAAUCACAAGUCCGACAUGCCAAGUUACGGGAUAAUGAGCUAUCUGAGAGAAGAAAAGCGCCCACGUUGCCUCCUUUUCAGGAUGUGGUGGACCCCAAUGACUCUGACAUGGAUGACAACAUAUCUACCAAAUCAGACUCAGAACAGCCCAGUCCAGCCAGUUCAAGCUCCAGUUCCAGUUCAGGAUUUGGACCAGCACACAAGCGACAAGUACUGGGUCCUUUACAGACCAUAAUUCAAGAUUUGCACUCUGAUGACAAUGAAGAUGAGUCUGAAGAAGAGGAUGAUAAUGACAUGGACUCUGACCUGGAGCGACCGUUACACACGCACAUGACGCAUCGACAUCGCAGGGUGAGUUUGAGUGAUGGCAGUGACAGUGAGAACAGUUCCGCCUCGUCUCCCCUUCACCACAGCGAGCCCCCGCCGCUCCUGAAGGCCAGCAAUAACCAGAUACUGGAAGUGAAGAGUCCCAUGAAGCAGACGAAAGUGGACAAAAACAAGAAUAUUGAUUGUGACAAGGCAUACUUGGAUGAAUUGGUGGAGCUCCACAGAAGACUAAUGGCACUAAGAGAGAGGCACAUAUUACAGCAGAUUGUAAACCUCAUUGAAGAAACUGGACAUUUUCACAUCACAAACACAACCUUUGACUUUGACCUUUGCUCCUUGGACAAAACCACAGUUCGCAAGCUCCAGAGCUACCUGGAAACCUCUGGAGCGUCUUGAGGAGCGUGUGCAGCUGGCUGCCAUGAGCAGGAACACCAGACGUCCUCCGUUUUUAGUUUUUUUUGUUGUCGUCUUUGGAAUCAAUCAACUUGUGUGGCAAUGCUAUGGAUCAGCUUCAUCUAUGUGGAGGUCCUGGAUCGCCUUUACUUCUCUCCAUGUGCCUCAGAAACGGACACUCGACAUCAGCCUGGAGAUUCUUCCUGUCCACCAGGACUUCACCUGAAAAGCCUUGAAAAUCCAACAUUGCCAAAAAAAAUGGGAAUUAUGAGAGUUCAUCAUGCACCAAAAAAAGAAGAAUGUGCAUAUUGUUACUACGUAUGAAUGUUUUGUUCUGUUCUUUGUGACGAAUGCAUUUUUCAACACUGCCUUACACCAUUGUCUAUUUAUUGAGUAUGAGUUUCAAGUGUGUGUGUGUAAGAGCAAAUGAUAUUAAACUUGUGCAAGCACUUGGGAACAGUCAUCUCAUUGGCGCUUUGAGGCGGAGGAGCGUUUACAGAUUUGCUCGCAGGUUUUUGAGAAGAAGCAUUUUCUUUUACCUAUCGCCACGACUACGUUUUGAACAGUGGACAGCCCUGUAAGAUGGGCAGUGUCUGUCUGUCUGAAGAAAACUCCAUGAUUAGGUCUUACUGCUGUUUCCAGGAAAGGCGAUCUGUCCUGAGCAGACGUUCACGAUGAGGACAGAGUGCCCCUUUUUUAAAUUAUUGCACAUCAGCGGCAUCUGCAGUGAUGUAUUCCACUCCACUACUGGAACAGUUGAGGACCGACACCUUUUGAACUGGGCAGGACUGAGCUUAACUGUUGAUUUCUAGGCCAAAUACACUCGUACAAUAGGAAUCUGUCUCAGUAGGAUGCCGUAUUUUUGAAUCUGUUGAUGUUAUUUAUUUAACGGGACCACGAUUCCCAUGGUUCUUUGUUGGCUGUCUUGAAACCAGUGGGAACUGGUUUGUGUGUCUUCUUUUAGAUUUACUUUGGGAAAAAAAAGAUGUUCUUUUUGUUAAACUGAGGAAAUCAAAGUUUAUUCUGCAGGUCAUUAAGACUGUUCUUUUUAUAAGAAACUUGAUUGAUUAAGUGAUGUUGAAUUAAUACGAGCCAGUACGGGCAGAUUGUGCAGUUGAGCUGUAGGCCCGAUGGUUGAGUUGCGUUUUGCCUUAAGGCAAGACCAGUGUCUUUAGGGAGGUAAUUCUGAAUCAAAUAAAUCAAUCUGUAAGGGAUACAGAUGAUUUUCGAGACCUGUUCGGGAGGGUGUGGGUGUGGGUGUGGGUGGGCGGGGACUGAAUUAUUGGCACUGUGUGUAAAAAUGUGUAAGAAUUUUUCAGAAAUCUGCAUUUUUUUUGUAUUUUGUUUGUUUUUUGCAGAAUGAAAUCAAACCUUGUAUACUUUUUUCCUGUCUGAAUUUCCCUGAUUCAGUUUCUCAACCCAAAGAGCUUUUAGUUCAGUUAUCAUGAUAUAAUGUUUAUAUGUGUGUAUAAACUUUAUAUGUGGUAAAACUUGAUUAUCUUUCCUUAUUUGGAAGGUGCUAACCUGCUUCAAGCUCAAGCUUCUUGAUCCCAAUACAAUCUCCAAACUGA